CCUACAGAAGAAACAAAAAAAAAAGACAGAGCAACGAAAAUGGCAAUGUUCCUCUGUCUCUUUUUCCUCUUACCUCUUUUCUUAAUCUUCUUGAAAAUUUUCAAACCUUCGAAAUGGAAUCUGCCUCCGGGACCAAAGAAGCUUCCGAUCAUCGGAAACUUACACCAACUCCAUGAGCUACCUCCCAGGAACCUCUCCCAAACUUACGGACCAGUGAUGCUUAUGCGUUUCGGCUUCGUUCCCGUGGUGGUGAUCUCAUCUAAAGAAGCAGCAGAGGAAGUACUCAAGAUCCACGACCUAGACUGUUGUAGCCGACCAGAGACAGAAGGGACAAGAAAGAUCUCUUACAACUUUAAAGACAUCGGAUUCGCUCCGUACGGCGAAGAAUGGAAGGCGAUGCGAAAGCUCUCAGUGAUCGAGCUCUUCACCACAAAAAAGUUUCACUCUUUUAGGUAUAUAAGAGAGGAAGAGAAUGACUUGUUGGUCAAGAAACUGAUGGACUCUGCUUCGAAGCGAUCUCUGGUAAGUCUGAAGAGAACCCUUCACGCAUUAGUUGGAAGUAUUGUAUGUAGGAUCGCGUUUGGGAUAAAUCUACAUGAGUGUGAGUUCAUAGAUGAAGAUAGCAUCGUGGAUCUUGUGCACAAGUCUGAGAUACUCGAGAUGACUUCUAUGUUCUCUGACUUUUUCCCGGGAGGGAUCGGUAGAUUCAUGGACUGGAUCUCUGGUCAGAACAAGAGAUUGGAUCAUGUUUUCUCGGAGCUUGACACUUUCUUUCAGAACAUUCUCAAUGAUCAUCUAAGGCCUGUGAGAAGAGAUGUAGAGAGGUAUGGUAUAAUCAACGUGAUGAUCGAUAUGAUGGAGCAAGAGAGAGAUGGAGACUCGUUCAAGCUCACCACGGAUCAUCUGAAAGGAAUGAUCUCGGACAUAUUUAUUGCAGGGGUUAGCACAAGCGCCUUCACAAUGAUAUGGGCAAUGACGGAACUAAUCAGAAACCCUAGAGUGAUGAAGAAAGUCCAAGACGAGAUUCAGACAAACCUAGAAGACAAUAAGGAGAGAAUCACAGAACAAGAUCUCACAAAGCUUCAUUACUUCAAGCUUGUGGUUAAAGAGGUAUUCAGAUUGCACCCAGCAGUUCCAUUUUUGCUCCCAAGAGAGACAAUAGCUCAAGUCAAGAUCCAAGGCUACGACAUUCCCACCAAAACUCAGAUCAUGAUCAAUGUCUACGCGAUUGCACGAGAUCCAAAACUCUGGACAAACCCUGAUGAGUUUAACCCUGACAGGUUUCUCGACAGUUCUGUAGAUUACAAGGGAUUGAACUUUGAGCUUUUACCGUUUGGUUCUGGUCGGAGAAUCUGUCCAGGGAUGGCAAUGGGAAUCACACUUGUUGAAUUAGGGUUGUUAAAUUUACUUUACUUCUUCGAUUGGGGAUUGCCGGAAGAGGUAGAAGCUGAGAGGAUCAUUAAAGACAACGAUGUUGCUCUUGACCUCGUUCAAGUUAUUCGCCAUUGAAAAUCUGAUAAAUGUGUUUUUCAUUUCUUGUGUAACACGUUUUGUUACAUUAAGCUCAAACUUUCACUAGAAACUAUCUUUUUAAGUAGCUGCUUGUUAUAUGUAAUUCAGGGGAAUGAAGUCAUAAACUAAGCACAUAGAUUAAA